AUGGCGGAUUCCAAGGACGAUAUCGUAGUCAGCGAAGCAGCCGUAGUCGGGGAGGAAAAAGAUGAAGUGCAGUUGGCAAGGAUGGGAUACAAACAGGAGCUCAGACGAGAUCUGAGUCUUCUGCAGAACUUUGGAUUCUCAUUCUCUAUCAUGAGCGUUAUCACGGGGAUGGCGUCUCUGUUUGCCUACGGCCUGACUACUGGAGGACCUGCUGUCAUGGUCUGGGGGUGGCUUAUUGUCUCAUUCUUCACCUUGUCUGUCGGUCUCUCUAUGGCCGAGAUUUGCAGCUCGCAUCCCACCAGCGGCGGUCCCUACUACUGGGCUGCCAUGCUCUCCCCUCCGAAGUACGCGCCAAUUGCGUCGUGGAUCUGUGGCUGGUUCAAUCUUCUUGGUCAGUUCUCCGGUACCACCGGUAUCAACUACGCCUGUGCGAACUUUAUCUCGACAGUUAGCACUCUAGGGACUGGCUAUGCUCCUAGUCCGGGAAGAACACUAGGCAUCUAUGCUGCUAUAACGGUAGCCCAAGGACUUUUCAACACCUUCGGCGUUCGUUUUCUGGGGUAUGUCAACAACUUCUCCGUAUGGUGGCAUGCUCUCGGAACAACUUCCAUCGUCAUCGCAGUCCUGAUCAAGGCCCCCACGCACCAAUCCGCAAAAUUUGUCUUCGCCACCUUCAUCGACGGUACCGGUGUGGACGGCGGAGUUGGAUGGUCUCAACGUGCAAGUCCGGCAUAUGUUGCCGUAAUUGGAAUCCUUCUAGCGCAGUAUACUCUUACAGGGUAUGAUGCCAGCGCCCAUAUGUCAGAAGAGACCCACAAUGCUGCUAAGGCCGGCCCAAUCGGCAUCAUAAUGGCCCUCAGCGUCUCUGUAACUCUGGGCUGGUUCAUCAUUCUUGGUCUCCUCUUCUCGAUACAAGACUAUGAAACGACUGUCGCGUCCUCAACUGGUCAACCCAUCACCCAAAUUUUUCUAGAUACUGUUGGAGAGAAGGGGGCCAUUGCUUUGAUGGUCAUAAUCGUUGUCUGUAUGUUCAUGUGCGGGAUAUUUGCUAUCACUGCCAAUUCUCGCAUGAUGUAUGCCUUCGCGCGCGACGGAGGUAUGCCUGGAAGCGCUUUCUUCCACCAAGUAGACGACAGGUGGAGAUCGCCAAUUCGAACUGUAUGGCUCGCCUGUACACUUAGCUUUCUACUCGGACUUCCGAGCUUGGGGAGUAGUGUUGCCCUCUCAGCUGCCACGUCCAUCUGCACCAUUGGGCUUUACAUAUCAUACGGCAUUCCCAUCGCACUCCGCCUUUUCUACUCGUCCCAUUUCCAGCGUGGGCCCUUUCACCUUGGCCCAUUCUCCUUACCUUGCGCCGCAGUGGCCGUCAUUUGGAUAUGCUUCAUCACCAUCGUACUACUUCUUCCCGAACUGAACCCCGUCAACUCGCAAACGCUUAACUACGCUAUUGUCGCGGUGGGUAUAGUGCUAGUCUAUGCAUUAGGGUAUUGGGUAGUCAGCGCGCGGCGAUGGUUUAGGGGACCCGUGAGGCAGGUGGAUCAGGUUGAAGCUGAGUCUAGGGGUGUUGAUGAUACGAAUGGGACGAUCACGGUGCGGACGGAGGUCCAGAAAGAAAGGGAGUCGUUACCCUGA